CUUCAUGCUCACUUGGAGCUUCGUGUACGCGCAUUGGAAAUCGACCCACGCGCUCCGUUCACCACUCUCAUAGCCCCUGAUUCCGCAAAUUUCGUUAUCUCACGCACGUUCUCGCCCCGCGUCCAAAAGUAGGCGACCGACGGGCAGAAAACCGCUCCUCCGUCCCCAGGAACGGAGAACAAGCGAACCCCAGAACUACUUCAGUCCAAUACGGUGCGGCCACGUGGCAAUGGUGCAUCUAACGGAGCUGCGGAUCGUGCUGCCCUUCACACUGGAGGAAUUCAAGCGCGGGCAGCGCUACGCCAACUGGAAGACCAACGAGGACGCCACGGAGCCCGGCCAGGGCGGCACCCUGCUGUCAUCCGCGCCCUACUACCACGAGCAGCACGGGGAGGGCCUCUUCACCCACAGCCUCUUCCGCCUCGGCAACCGCCUUCCCGAUUGGGUGAACCGCCUGGUGCCGCCGUCAGCACUGGUGGUGGACGAGAAGAGCUGGAUCAACUACCCGUACUUCCGCACCAUCAUCACCAUCCCCUUCUUUAGCAAGCUGCGCAUGGAGAUCGAGACCAUUCACCUGCCAGACGACGGCUCUCACCCCAACGCCUUGGGGUUGUCGGCCGCUGAGCUGGCGAUGCGGCGCGUGGACUGGAUGGACAUCGGCAGCGAGCCCGUGGCCAGGCGCGACUACAAGGCCGAGCUGGACCCGCAGCUGGUCAAGUCCAAGCUCACAGGGCGAGGCCCGUUGACCCCGGGGUGGCAGCAGCGGGAGCAGCCCCUCAUGUGUGCGUACAAGGUGGUGCGCGCCCAGGCGGAGUACUGGGGCGUGCAGAACAGCGCGGAGCGCCUGCUCAUCAACUCGCUCAGGCAGAUAUUCCUGCUGGCGCACAAGAACUGCUUCGGCCUCUUGGACCAGUGGUAUCCGCUCUCCCUCGAAGAGAUAAUUGCCAUCGCUGACAAGCACAAGCCUCCUGUUGCCAUCCCAAAGCCCCCCCCUCUUCCCGAACCUGCCGCCGAGCUUGAAUAUGAACCUGAUGUGGGGGAGGGGAGGAUUGCUAGGAAUGCGGUGGAGGAGGGGAGGGAGGGGAGGAGGGAUGGGUUGCUGAAGAUGGGGAGUGAGAGUGAGGGGGGCGAGGGAGAGGAGGAGGAGGGGGAGGAGACGGAGGAAUCGGAGGGGGAGGAUGAUGAUUGGGAGGAUGAUGUGGAGUUUUAUGAAGCACAGAUGCAGUGGGCGGCAGAGGAAGAGCUGUAUGGAGAGAAAAUUCUCUCAGAUCUGGGCCAUCCUCUCUCACUGUGUUUGGAGCAGCCCCCGCCCCUGUGCCCCCUCUGCUGUGCACGCUCACAGCAGGGCGGGGGGCCAGUGGGCUCUGAGGUUGAAGCACCCGCAGCACCGCCAGAGCCUGUGCCUGCGCCUGCUGUAUUCUGCGUCACUUGUGCAGAGUUCUUCUGCCACCGCUGCUUCCAGGAGUUCCACAUCACGCCCCGCUUGCAGCAGCACGCCACACACCCCAUGGCUCCUUCCCAGAUGCUUCCCUCUUCUGCUCCUGCCACUUCAUACAGUGGCUUCGCCUCUCCCCUCAAUCAGAACCUGCCACGUGGCAGCUCGGAUGCUGCCACUGCUCCCCUUGCUGCCAGUUAUCACCGCACCACACCCAGCAGCACCACAGCAGCGACUGAUAGGGAUGUCACUGCCGCUGGUGGCAGUGGUAGCAGCAGCAAGGGUGGUAAGAGGAGCAGUGGCGGUAAUACCGGUGCUGCCUCUGGUGCCGACGCACGCAUGGAGAGGAGGAGGCAGAAGGCAGAGGCGAGGGGGUUGAGGGAGAGAGUGAAGGAGGGGGAGAGGGAGGAGAGAGAGGGGAUGCUGCUGGCGGCGAGAGAGAUGGGUGAGGGGCGGAAGGUGGGAGAAAGUGAGAUGGGGGGUGGGGGAAGUGCGAGUGGGAGGAUAGCUGCCAGUAGGCGGAGCAGCAGCGCACUGAACAGUAGGGGUGCUCAGGUGGACUUUCAGGUGGAACCUCAGGUGGUUCCAGCAGAGAGCGCGGAGGGCAGAGAGGUGAAGCAUCGGUCUUCGUUCACAAGGUGGUUACAUGGUAACCCCGAAACUCUCCUGGAAGGCGAUGGGUCAUUUGCUGCUGCUAUCACUGCUACUGCUGCUGCUGCUGCUGCUGCUGCUGGUACAGUUGGUGCUGCUGCCGAUCCGUCUGCUGCUCCCAGCGCAUCGGACACUGCCAACGGCAUUGCUGCUUCUGCAGCAGCAGCGGGCGCACCUGGUUCCCCUGCAGGUGCUGAGGGUGUGAGCCAGGGCCCUCUGCUGGCGACGCCAGGUGAAGAAGGGCCGCGCAGCGCCAAGCAGCAACCACCAAGUGGGGGGGGAGUGAGGGAGCGGUUGCGGCAGCAGUACGGGGGGCAGCCAGUGGCGCUGUCAGUGGCCCUAGCCGAUGCUAUCAUCGCCAUCUAUAAGGCCGCUGCUGCUGCUGCUGCUGCUGCUACUGCUGCUACUGCUGCACCCACCUCCUCCUCGUCUUACCGCAAUCCAUCCCCCGAACUGACCACCUCGCUAUCCUCACCAUCCCUGGCAUCACUAGGCUCCGCAGCAUCCCAGCCGUCCAUCUCUGCCCGCUACUCCGACUCCUCCCUUGCCCACAUUGACUCCCCUUCCCCUCGCUCUCGCUCCACUGCAACCUCUCACCCCCCUUUGCCCUCCAACCAAUCAUCUCACCACCACCACCACCACCACCACCGCCACCAGCAGCAGCAGCAGGUGGCAGUGACCCCGCCCGCCCCUGCCUCUCGCUCGUUCUCGUGGAUCGGCCCCAGAGCGUUCUCUCGCUCCGCCUCCUCCCCCUCUCUCUCCCACACGCACUCAACCCCCACCGCUGCGGUGACCUCACUCCCUGCUGCUGCCCCUGCUGCUCCUGCUGCUGCUACUCCCCCUGCUGCUGCACCUACUGCUACCAGUCUCGACUGUUUCGCUCGGGAAGCUGCUGCUGUUGCCGGGGUUCCCCUUGACACGCACGGGGAUGAUGGGUGUGACAGCGACUCAGCCGCUGGUGGUGCUCUUGGUGGAAUUGUGACUGUGACGGACGUGCAACUGGUGCUUGACUAUCUGGCAUCAGAUGCAGGCAUGGCACAUCGACACGAGCUCCAACGGUUCAGAAUCCUGUCGGAGCUGCUGGCCGAGGUGCAGCCGCAGCAGCUGGGGCACGCGGAGAGGCUCGCCUUCUGGAUCAACGUGUACAACGCACUGGCCAUGCAUGCGUACCUCGUGUAUGGGCUGCCUCGCAACCACUACAAGCGAGUCAUGUUCAUGCACAAGUCCGCCUACAUCAUUGCUGGCCUCCCCUUCUCCAUCCUCGCUAUAGAGCACUCCAUUCUAAGAGCAGCGUCCUUCCAACCAGCACUGGCUGGCCUGCUGCCAGUGCAGCGCUACAGGCGGGCAGACGUGCGUUACAACCUGGCUCUGGACCGGCCAGAGCCGCUCGUCACCUUUGCUCUCAGCUGUGGCUGCUCCUCUGCCCCUCCUGUGCGAGUGUACCAUCCUGACACUGUUCACGAGCAGCUUAGAACAGCUGCACAGGAAUACAUCCGGGCAAAUGUGAAGCUGCAUCCGGGCAGUGGGAAAAUUCUGCUGCCCAAGCUGCUGCACUGGUACAGCAAGGACUUUGCGCGGAAUGCAGCAGGGCUGCUGCAGUGGGCGGCUGAACAGAUGGAAGACGGUCAGAAAGAAAACAUUCUGCAUGCCAUCGAUGCAGCUGGAGCUUCCAGGAAGGUUCGGAUGGGGAAGGUUCCUGUUCAGGUGCUUGGAUAUGAUUGGUCAUUUCAAUAUGUGUUGGUGUGACGAUGUCAAACACCUGGUUAUUCAAUUGUAAGUGUAAGAAAUUAGUGUGGCUAUCUGGCACCCGAGGG